AUGUCAGACCAACUUGUCGUAGUCAUCACCGGCGCUGGCAGGGGCCUUGGUAAAACUUUGGCGCAAAUCUAUCUCGCACGUCCACAAUGUUCUGUUGUUGGAAGCGUCCGUGAUGAAACAGCCACCGGAGUUACAGAACUGAAGGCGGCUCCUCGAGGAGACGGAUCGAGCUUGCUGAUUGUCAAGAUUGAAAGCUCUUCUUCCACAGAUGCAAGCAAAGCGGUUAAAGAGAUGGUGGCUGCAGGUAUCGAUCACAUCGACAUCCUGAUCCCCAAUGCUGGCAUGAGCCCCGACAUAGAGCCAAUCGAGACGGUCGACAUUUCAGUCUUGUCAACUACAUUCAACGUUAACGCAAUGGGUCCUCUGUCCUUAUACCAGGCCUGCCGCGCGUUGCUCAAGAAAUCAAAGAAUCCAAAGUUUGUGCCUAUGACCAGUGCUACUGGCAGUAUUAGUGGGAUGGAACAGGGCCGAACUUUUAUCGCGCCAUCUUACUGCAUCUCGAAGGCGGCCCUGAACUGGAUCACCCUUGCAGCUCAUUGUAGCAACGAGUGGCUUGUCGCUAUUGCCAUCACCCCAGGGUUGAUAGCUACCGAUAUGGGAAACAAGACCACCGCAUAUUUAGGCCGGGCCAAGCCAACUUGGACCGCAGAAAACAAUGCUGAGAAGAUAGUAAAACUGAUUGACGACGCUAGUCGUGAGAACUACUCUGGAAAGUUCAUGGAUGCUAUAACUGGUAAAGAGCUCCCCUGGUAA